ACAGUAAAAUUUGCCCUCAGCUAUGGCGCGAAACCUGGACCGUUCAGCUUCCUUUAACCGCAAGAAAAGCGGUUCACUUUCAACCACGCUACUGGGACCCACCAUUUUCAAUUUCAGCCGUAAGCGUAAACGCCACCGUGCCCCACCGCCUUGUCCUACUCAGCAGCUUCAACUCAACCACCACCGCUUUCCGGAUUUAGAAGUUCUCCGCCGUUCACUCUCUCCCUCUCAGUCUCCACCGCCAAAAGCUCAGCUGAAGCAUAACCGCUUUCCAUACUUUAUGCACAGUCAGUAAAUGAGCUUCAGCUUGCCUAGCUCUCAGCUGGCCUUAAUUCCGUUCCGGCGAUGCAGGAACCGGACUUUCGAAGACCGCCGCGGAUGGAGGCGCCGCCGGUUCACCGUUCGGAGCAACUUAUUCGCUUCACCUUCACCCUUCGAGUCUCUAUUCCAGAACUUGAUCACUCACUUCCCUUCCGUGAAUUCGCUCGAUUUGAUAGCUCCCGCCCUUGGUUUCGCCUCCGGAGCCGCUCUCUACCUCUCAGGGGGGGAUUCGGGGAUUCGUAGAGCUCUGCGGGAGGGUUCGGUUUCGGAUAUUGGGGAGUGGGUGCUGUUCACCAGUCCAACGCCGUUUAACCGGUUCGUGAUGCUGCGGUGUCCUUCAAUUGCGUUCCCCGGGAGUGAGUUGCUGGAGAACGUAAGUGAGAGUCUGGUGAAAGAGGAAAGACACUUGGUGAGGAUCAAUAGCGGCAGAAUUCAGGUAAGGAAGAGCGAGGAGAAUUGUGACGAGAAAUUGGUGUACCAAAGGUUGUGCGUAAGCAUGGAGGAUGGAGGAGUAGUGUCAUUGGACUGGCCGGCGAAUUUGGACUUGGAGGAAGAGCAUGGAUUGGACACCACCUUCUUGAUUGUUCCCGGAACAGUCGAGGGAAGCAUGGACAAAGAUAUUAGGGGGUUCGUCUGUGACUGUUUGAGGAGAGGGUGUUUUCCAGUUGUUAUGAACCCUAGGGGUUGCGCUGGUUCCCCCUUGACAACAGCAAGGUUAUUUACAGCUGCUGACAGCGAUGAUAUCUCCACAGCCAUAAAAUUUAUCAACAAAAGAAGGCCAUGGUCAUCAUUAAUGGGUAUUGGCUGGGGUUAUGGUGCAAACAUGUUGACAAAGUACCUGGCUGAAGCUGGAGAAGAAACGCCACUGGUAGCUGCUACAUGCAUUGACAACCCUUUUGACCUAGAAGAGGCUACUAGAGCAUCUCCCUACUUUGACCAGAAGCUAACCAGUGGCUUGGUUGAUAUUCUGCAAUCUAACAAGGAACUAUUUCAAGGGCGUGCAAAAGGUUUUAAUGUUGAAAAGGCUCUUGUAUCAACAUCUAUUCGGGAUUUUGAGAAAGAAAUAUCUAUGGUAUCAUAUGGAUUUAAUGCCAUUGAGGAUUUCUACGCAAAAUCUAGUACAAGAGAUGUGGUUGGAAGAGUAAAGAUCCCUCUUCUCUUCAUUCAGAACAAUGAUAGGUCUGUUCCAUUGUUCUCUGUUCCACAAAGUUCGAUAGCUCAAAAUCCAUUUACAAGCCUGCUUCUCUGCUCUCGCUUGCCAUUUAUAGAAACCAUGAGUAGUAGAUCAACUAUAUCUUGGUGCCAGAAUCUUACCAUUGAGUGGCUCACUGCUGUGGAGCUUGGACUUUUAAAGGGUCGCCAUCCUCUUUUGCAAGAUGUUGAUGUUACAAUUAAUCCCUCAAGUGUUACUGCACUGUUGAUGAGACCAUCUGAUGGAAAUGUUGGAGUAAAAAAGCUUUUAAAUCUUCCAAAUUUAGAUUCGUUAGAUGUGCAUGACCUAGGUCCUUCCAAAGAGACAUUUGAGAAAAGCAACACUGCAGCUAGCCAAAGAUUACUACAUGAGCAUAAGGGCACAUUCGUGCAUGGUGAUUGCAGUGAUGCAAAGUCAGGAGAAGAGGAAGUCAUGAAUCAUAAUGAUGGUGAUAAAGGCCAAGUGCUACAAGCUGCACAGGUGGUUAUGAACAUGCUUGAUGUGACUAUGCCUGACACACUUACAGAAGAACAAAAGAAGAAGGUCCUGACUGCUGUCGGUCAAGGGGAGACAUUGAUGAAUGCUUUGCAAGGUGCUGUACCUGAAAAUGUUCGUGGAAAGCUUACCACAGCAGUUUCUGAAAUUGUUCAUAAUCAAGGUUCUAACUUGAAACUAGAUGGACUCCUGGCUCAUGGAUCCAUUCCCUAUGUAACAUCAAGGUCAAAAUCAGCUGUCCAAGAAAAGGGUAGAGGAGAUUCUAGUGCAGAAGUUGAAAAUGAAUCUUUACAUUCUUCAGAUGGGGUGAAGGCUAGUGAUUUGCAAAAUAGUUCAAACAAGGGUGUAUCUAGUGCAGACAAUUGCCCUGAGGAACUAGAAUCAGAAUGGCAGGCUUCAGAGAAAUUGCAAAAAUCAGAUGAUACUGGUCAGUCUCAACCAAUGAACAGCUCUUCUUCUAUGGAAAAGGAGGAAAUGACUGAUUUGGUAGAUAACAAUGAAAAUGCAGAUCAUUCUGGAGGUAAAACUGUUCUGGAUUCUGGUACCAAGGAAAAUGAAUCAAAAGCAGGAGCAGAACCAGAGAGUUCAAACUUUUCUGAAGGGGAGGGUUCCAUUGAGAAUAUGGACUCUGAGAAAUACAAAAUGCAGCUAGAUCGUGGAAAGAAUCAGAUGGACUUGAAAGAAGAGAGUUCUACUCAAUCAAAAGAAGAAAAUGUUGCUGAUUCUUCUGGUGAUAAAAAUAAGACAAUAUCAAACACACAGGCAGAGGACAAAUCAACAUCUCCUGCAUCUCCCUCAGAGACCCAAGUGAUGGAAAAAGAGGGCAGUGAUAACAUAAAGAGAGAAGAAAAAAGCAUGCAAACAAAUACACCAGGCUUUAGUGUUUCUCAAGCAUUAGAUGCCUUUACUUUGAUAGAUGAUUCAACCCAGGUGGCAGUUAAUAGUGUAUUUCAUGUUCUGGAGGAUAUGAUUACUCAGCUAGAGGAGGGAAAAAAUGAUGAAAAUAAAAUUAAUGACAGAGACAACAACCGUGAGUUGGAAGAUCCUGAGGACAAAAAUGAGUGUGCUGACACACCACCUUCAGAUGCUAUUCCUUUAAAUAACCAAUCACACACUAAGGAGAAAUCUAAAGAGAUGCAUGUGGGUUUUGGUGAUAGUAGUGCAGAUACAAAGCACUCUGCAGAAAGGAAUGAAGGAAAUAAGCAAAACUUUGUCAAUGGAAAACUUUCUGCCGAGGAUUCUGCUCAGUACUUAAAUACUGUUUCUCAAAAUGUUCCAAUCUAUGUUAUAAAAGAUUUACAUGGAGACCCACUUCACAAAGAAAAUUACCUAGUUUCUAAAGCCAGAAGGACCAACUCACUAGAUGUAGAUACCACAACGGCUUUGUUUCUUGACUACUUCCCAGAGGAUGGUCAAUGGAAGCUAUUAGAGCAGACAGAAAGUGAUGUUGAUUCUGAUGAAGUUGUUGCAUCUCACAAAGGUGGGCAUUCACAACCAAAAUCAGAGGAUAUAGAUAUUGAACCAUAUUAUGUAAUUUUAGAUUCUGAGAAGCAGCAGGAGACGAUAGAAAAAUCUAAUGGAAAUGUUGAAAUUGGUAAUGAAAAAUUAGAAGAGCCUUCUCACAUUAUCCGAAGUAUUAUAUUGGACACUUUAAAAGUUGAAGUUGGUCGAAGGCUAAGUUCAGCUGACAUGGAGGAAAUGGAGCCUGAACUUGCCAGAGAUCUAGAACACAUUGCAAAUGCUGUUUCUCGAGGUGUAGGGUUAGAUGACAGGCUGACAUCAGUUACACAACUUGAGGACACGGAUUCAGAGAAAGUUGGCAACCUUCAUGGGGAGCAUGUAGUAAAAGCCAUAUCCUCUGCAGUUCAGAAUACCAGUUAUUUGAGGAGAGUAUUGCCUGUUGGGGUUAUUGUUGGUUCUUGCUUGGCUGCACUAAGAAAAUCCUUUGAUGUAUAUGCAGUUGAAACUAAUGGCGAAGGCAAUGAAAUGAUCCUUGAUCAAAUAACUAAAGGUGAAAAGGGAUCUGAUGACGUACUUUCUCAGAAUACUAAUCAGAAAUAUGAGCUGGAGAGUUCUGAUCUCAAGACUGAGAGAAGAGUAGAAUCCAGAAAUUUGAACAAAUCCAACACUGAGAGUAGAGAUGAUUCAGGAGAUUCAAGCAAAUCCAUUAUGGUUGGAGCUGUUACUGCAGCCUUAGGAGCAUCUGCAUUUCUUCUCCAUCAUCAGGAAAAUGGGACUGGAAAUUUGUCCAAUCCCCACAAUGGAAAAGAAGAUGCAAGCACGGAGACUCACGAGCUUGAGGAUGUGGAUAAAACACAGGAUAACAUAGUUACAAGUCUUGCUGAGAAAGCAAUGUCUAUUGCUAGUCCUGUGGUACCCACGAAAGAUGGUCAAGUGGAUCAAGAAAGGUUGGUGGCAAUGCUGGCAGAGUUAGGACAGAGAGGUGGAAUUUUAAGGUUUGUUGGAAAAUUUGCAUUGCUUUGGGGUGGAUUGCGUGGUGCUAUGAGUUUAACCGAUAAGCUCAUUUCAUUUCUGCGCAUUGCUGAACGUCCUUUGUUCCAGAGGAUUCUUGCAUUUAUCUGUAUGGUGCUGGUUUUAUGGUCACCUGUUGCUGUACCUUUGUUGCCAACACUUGUGCAGAGCUGGACCACACAUCAACCAUCCAAAGUUGCCGAGCUGAUUUGCAUUGUUGGCCUCUAUAUCUCCAUUCUGCUACUAGUUACUUUAUGGGGAAAAAGAAUUCGUGGGUAUGAAAAUCCACUUGAACAAUAUGGGCUGGAUUUGACUUCACUAUCAAAGGUUCAGGAUUUUAUAAAGGGUUUGAUUGGAGGAAUCAUUCUUGUUUUACUGAUUUAUUCAGUAAACUCCAUACUUGGUUGUGUCCAUCUCCACUUUCCUAUCACUUUCACUUCAUCAUCUUCAGCUGCUCUAGCAUGGUUGAAAGUGUUUAGUCAGAUGGUUGUACUAGCUGUUAAAGGACUAGCAACCGCAACAGGGAUUGCAAUUGUUGAGGAAUUGCUUUUCCGAUCAUGGUUGCCUGAUGAAAUUGCUUCUGACCUUGGAUACAAUCGAGGAAUAGUCAUUUCAGGACUUGCGUUUUCUUUAUUGCAAAGGUCACUAUGGGCAGUGCCUGGCCUAUGGAUAUUAUCACUAGCUCUUUCUGGUGUUCGGAAAAGAAACAGGGGUAGCCUCUCCCUUCCUAUCGGGCUACGUGCAGGGAUAUUGGCUUCUAGUUUUUUCUUGAAGACGGGAGGCUUUUUGAGGUUUGAAUCUAAGUUUCCACCAUGGUUUACUGGACCAUACUCUUCUCAUCCUUUUAGUGGCGCAAUUGGUCUUGCCUUUGCAUUGUUGUUGGCAGCAGUUGUCUAUCCAAUCCAACUUCAUAAGAAAAAAUUGUGUAGACCCAUCAGGGAAUAAACAUACCGAUACUAAUUCGCGCCAAA